AUGAUACAAUUUACAAUUGCACAAUUCAUGAAUGACAAUAAUUUCAUUAUUGAAAAUGAUGCCUCUACAAUUACUUCUCAACAGGCAUGGUGCAAUGUGUUCAAAGAAGAACAAGAACAAGAAGUGAAAUAUGGAACCAUUUCACAGUUAUUAGCAAAAAUAGCUGAAAAGGUUUUAAAUGUUGAUAAAGAGCUUAGAAGUGACCAAGUUAAACGAAGUAUUAUUGCACAAGAUGAUAAACUUAUUAUGCGAGUAAAUUUUUAA